GGUACCCCUGCUUGGUCAAUUGAUUUGAUUUUGGACUUGAAUCUCAUCGUUCAGGAUUCAUCGCUGUUUGGCCCGGUUCUUCAACUUCUCAUCCUUCCUCACCUACUGUUCCCCGCCUUUCCUUCGUCUGACAAUCUACAUUUCCAUCCUGAAGCGCGUACGGUGGUAAACAUCCGAUCAUCAGUUUCGGCCGAACCAACCUCUUCGAUCUAUCGUGCUCUUGCGAUCAUUCUCGACAAUUCAUCUGGUCACUGACGUAUCGUGCUCACAUCAGCAUCUCUUACUGGCGCAUGGUGCAUUCUCUGGUGUGGGGGAUCUAUUAGAUCUCCUUCGGGAAUCUAUUCCGGCAUUCCAGUGUCGCAAGAUCGCCAUUUGAGACAGCAUAUUUGCAUAUAGUCGGAAUACACAAAAUCACAGCCAACCAUGACUGGUAACUCGGAUCUCACGGCUCCUGGGAGCAGCACGUAUGCCUCGGAUACUCUACAUGUUGGCGACGGGACAUGGGAUGCAGGGCGCGAUACAUUCCUCUUGCCCAACUUGAUGGGGGUCAAUUUUGAUACAAUGCGAUACAAUGGUAUGUGGAAUCUCCGACCUUGGUAGCUCUCGUUCUUACUUUGGUGUCAGGCAUGGGAAACCGAUUCAAGGAUAUGCCCUACUAUCAUACCCUAAUAGUCGUACAUGGUGUGAUUGGGACAAUCGUAUUCCUGGGUCUUGUUCCGAUAUCAAUAUUAAUCAUUCGAUACUACUCUCGAUGGAAUCCGUUUGUGGCUUUCAAGUUGCAUGCCUGGUUCCAAGUCCUAACUCUACUGCUAAGCACAGUAGUGUUCGUCUGCGGAUGGUUUGCAGUUGGGCCGGAGAGGAGUCUCACAAACCCUCACCACGGGAUUGGACUGGCAAUCUAUGUUAUGGUUGUCUUUCAGAUCCUGUGGGGCUGGUUUCUCCACAAAGUAGAAAGCAAGCGGCAAAGAUAUCGAGUGCCCUUGAAAUUAGUGAUCCACCGGUGGAUUGGCCGGGCUCUUGCCAUCCUCGGACUCAUUCAGAUUCCCUUAGGACUCACCCUUUAUGGUUCGCCAAAGUCGUUGUUCAUAUUAUAUUCUGUCGCUGCCUUUGCCCUCUUGGUUACGUUUUUCGUCCUGUCGUACCUAUAUGAUGAUGAGGGAUACCCACCGGGACCCGACCUUGACAGUCGACAUAGCUAUGUCUCUGGACCCCCAGCCCCCGGCCCUGCUGGUCAUCGCCAGAGCAGUUUCGGGCGAAUGGCGGCCGCGGGAGCCGCAGGAGCAGGACUAGCUUCACUCUUCAAGCGUCGCUCUCAGAGUAGGGGAAGAGAUGGUUAUGAGGACUCUCAUACGUCUUAUAUGUCGGAAAAGUACUCAGAUGAAGGAGCUCAGCGCAAAGGCUGGGGCGGUAAACUGCUUAAACUUGGUGCGGUGGGCGGUGGCGCUUUCCUCGCUAAGAAGUUCUUCGACAGGAGACAAAACCGAGACAAUGAUGCCGAAUCUGGCCGGUAUCGGCGCGCCCAUAACCGAAGUGACAGCAUGACGGAGACCACGAUGAGUAGGAUGGAAGAUGGACGACGACCCGAACCAAGUCACAGAACCCCUCUCAAUCGCCCACCGAGCCGACCCCCGAGUAGACCUCAAAGUCCCGGGUCAUCAUACUACUACAAUACAACUUACUUUUCCGAUAACGACCAUGACCGACCUAACAAAGCUCGAAAUGCCCUGUUUGGUGCGGGCGCCUUUGCGGCCCUCAAAAACAUGUUUACUCGUCGCAAGGCAAAUGAUGAUGAUCGUCGUGUAGAAGAUAUGCGCCGUCGAGAGAUGGAGGAGGAAAGGCUUGCCCGAGCAGACAGCAAACGACGCUAUACUGGGGAUGGGUACCCGCCUCGCAGACGAACCGACUCCUUCACCGCGACUGACAUCUCCUCCACUGAGCUGACACGACCUCCGCGGGGACCUCAACACGGAGAAUCAGCUUUAACUGGUGACCCGGCCAUGUCUGGAGCAAUCGAUGGGCAUCAUUCCGAUUUACCCCCAGGUGCACCUACCUCGGAAAUGCCAGGUCAUGCUCCCUCUCGACUUGAUCCCUCUGAUAUUGCGGCUGGAGCCGCCGCUGGAAGUGCCCUGGGUGCUGCCUCCAGCCAUCGCUGCCGAAGCAGCAGCAGGCACCGGAGCAGUAGUAGACACAGAGAUGAUCACACGAGCUCCCCACCAGUAUCGGUGAAAGUCAAAAUGCACAACGAUGGUCGGCAUGUCACACUCAGAAGGUUAACGGAGGAAGAGGCAGCCGCAAGUCGCGAAGCAAGACGUAGGGAACGGAGAAAUUCUCGUCGUCGCGCCGGAAGCGCAAGCUCCCUGUCAGGCAACGAAGCUAGCCACGACCGGUGGCGCCGCGUUGAAGAAUUAGAGCGUCAACAGCACGAAAGAAUGCAACGAGAACAGGAAGCUGCCGCUGCUGCUGCCGCCGCUGGAAUGUCCACAGCCCCAUCUGGAAGCGUACCUCCACCACCUAUCCCCCCGCCCCAGAACAUGAGCCAUAUGGCUCCCCCUCCCCCGCCACAUGUACCUUCCAGUCUGCCGUAUGGCCCAGGGAGCGUCACAUCCCCUGGUACAUAUACCGGUACAGAAGCAAGCGGAGACUACGCAAGUAACCGGCGACGAAGACGAGCGGAACGAGCUCGCGCCCGACAAGAACGACAACACAGCGUGGAUUUCACUUGACGGAUGUCUUCGGCGGGUACUUUCCCUCUGAACCUCUUUUCACAUGUAUAGAUGUUUUGUUGAUUUCGAUCUCGUAUAUUUCGCUCCCAUUGCGCUUUCCCCCCUUGUUGUUCUUCAUGUUAUUACGAUUUACCCCUUGAUAUCGACACGAUGAAAUGGCAACUUAAUGAUGCAUACAAACGUUGAUCCUGUCUAGUCCCUUUUUUAGCCCUAGGUACCACAACUCAGAAGAGCUGAUAAAACGCUCUUCACUGCUUAUGAUAACCGAAAGGGCCCUGAACAGCAAUUCAAAAUCAUGGACAGGAAAACCUACGCCGAAAAUGUACGUACAUACCUCAAAUACGGGACGAGGAAAUGGAUAUGGAUAUGGGUAUGGGUUCUGGAUGGGAGGGAUAUGUCGAUUAUGUAUAUGGCGUUUCACUUCUAUUCAUCUUUGUGGCUUCUUUCAUCCGUCUAUUAUCUGCUUUGUUUUUUGCCCUUUCAUGAUCUGUUGUUCUGAUUUCGCCUUCGCAUUUGACAUUAGAAUUCUAAUGGGUUCAUUUCGUGCAUUCUGUGCUUCAAAGCUAC